CUCAAGCAACGACUGUUGUCAUGUAAACAAUGAAGGACGUAUUAUACCUACUAUACGUAUUACGUAUGUCCUUUAAGAGACAAUGGCCAUUUCAAUUUAUGAUUAGUACCGCAUCUACAUACAUAUUUGUGAUUACGUAUGUAUUUGUACUCGAUUUGUUAUUAUUUUCCAAACAACGGUGCAUACCUUCAGUACAAUUACAGUAUAAAAUGGCAAACUGCGCAAGAAGCACAACUCGCAUUAAUAUUCUUGCUACCAAAAUAAUUUUACAGUGUAUUUAUGUUCACACCCGUAUGGAAUAAUCGAUAUUACUUCGAUAUCGAUUUAUCUAAAAUGAAUUUCAAUCAAUCAAUUUGUAACAUAUUCAUUUCCAUGUAAACAAAAUAACAGCUGAUCACAGUUUAUUUGGUAUUAUAAAAAAAAAAAACAUUUAAUAAAUUCGUGUGAAUGCGCCGGCUAUUUUAUACGUAUUUUAGUGCUAUGUCAAAAAAUAAAAAUAAGAAGUCAUCAACUGCGGCGACAACAACCACUGCCGAUACGAAAUGCGAAGAGGGUCCAGUACAGAUGGAUAAAAGCGGUAAUAUAUGUAUACGUAUCCUGGCUAAACCCGGCGCUAAGAUGAACGGAAUCACAGAUAUUGGAACUGAGGAAGUAGGGGUGCAGAUCGCAGCACCACCCACAGAAGGCGAAGCCAAUGCGGAGCUGGUAAAAUAUCUGUCCAAAGUACUAGGGUUGCGAAAAAGUGACGUAUCAUUGGACAAAGGAUCCCGAUCACGCAAUAAAUUGGUUAUGGUUAGUAAAGGUGUCUCUACGCCUGAAAAUGUGUCCGCAGCGUUAAAAAGAGAGUGCGAGACUUAAAAAACUGUAAUAAAGGAAAUUCUGUCGCAUUUCAUUGAUUUUACGAUGUACUAUGUCA